CUGGCAGCCCCGCAAAUGAGGACCGGAUACCUGGGGAAGGAGCACAGGGGUUGUCUCUCUGGCCCUCCUGGUGAGCUGGACACCCAGUUCCUGGCCAGGUGCAGGAUCUGUGCACCAUGUUGGAUUCACCUCCUGAGUUUCACUUCACGGGGCUCAGGCUCAGAGGGUUGGGCUCAGCCGCGGGGAGGCAGCACCUCUGCCUGUCGGCAUGGGGCCAGCUGUGCCUACCUUGCUGCAGCCCUGGACUCAGCUCUGAGCUGGGCCUGCUCUGAGAGGACCGGAUCCCGGUGCAGGGUCCUGCAGUGUGCCGGGGAGGAGAACUGGGUGGACAGCCGCACCAUCUACGUGGGACACAAGGAGCCCCCGCUAGGUGCCGAGGCCUACAUUCCGCAGAGGUACCCCGACAACAGGAUCGUCUCCUCCAAGUACACAUUUUGGAACUUCAUCCCUAAGAACUUAUUUGAACAGUUCAGGAGAAUCGCCAACUUCUACUUUCUCAUCAUAUUUCUGGUACAGCUGAUCAUCGACACGCCCACAAGCCCGGUGACCAGCGGACUCCCACUGUUCUUUGUCAUCACCGUCACGGCCAUCAAGCAGGGGUAUGAAGACUGGCUCCGCCACAAAGCCGACAACGCCAUGAACCAGUGCCCCGUGCACUUCAUCCAGCACGGCAAGCUGGUGCGCAAGCAGAGCCGCAAGCUGAGGGUCGGGGACAUCGUCAUGGUCAAGGAGGACGAGACCUUUCCCUGUGACUUAAUCUUCCUGUCCAGCAACCGGGGUGAUGGGACCUGCCACGUGACCACCGCCAGCUUGGACGGAGAGUCAAGCCAUAAAACUCACUACGCCGUCCAGGACACCAAGGGCUUCCACACCGAGGAGGACAUCGACGCCCUGCACGCCACCAUCGAGUGUGAGCAGCCGCAGCCUGACCUCUACAAGUUUGUUGGGCGUAUCAAUGUUUACAACGACCUCAGUGACCCCGUGGUGAGGCCGCUGGGCUCGGAGAACCUGCUGCUGCGAGGAGCCACCCUCAAGAACACCGAGAGGAUCUUCGGGGUAGCCAUCUAUACGGGAAUGGAGACCAAGAUGGCCUUGAACUACCAGUCCAAGUCUCAGAAACGAUCUGCUGUGGAGAAGUCCAUGAACGUGUUCCUCAUCGUGUACCUCUGCAUCCUCAUCAGCAAGGCCCUGGUCAACACCAUCCUCAAGUACGUGUGGCAGAGCGAACCCUUCCGCGAUGAGCCGUGGUACAACCAGAAAACCGAGGCGGAGAGGCAGAGGAACCUGUUUCUCAGAGCCUUCACCGACUUCCUGGCCUUCAUGGUCCUCUUCAACUAUAUCAUCCCCGUGUCCAUGUACGUCACGGUGGAGAUGCAGAAAUUCCUGGGCUCCUACUUCAUCACCUGGGACGAGGACAUGUUCGAUGAGGACACCGGCGAGGGGCCGCUCGUCAACACAUCCGACCUGAACGAGGAGCUGGGUCAGGUGGAGUACAUCUUCACUGACAAGACAGGCACCCUCACCGAGAACAACAUGGCUUUCAAGGAGUGCUGUGUGGAGGGCCACGUCUACGUACCGCAUGCCAUCUGCAAUGGGCAGGUGCUGCCCGACUCCACGGGCAUUGACAUGAUCGACUCGUCCCCAGGCGUCAGUAGCAGGGAGCGAGAGGAGCUGUUCUUCCGGGCUCUCUGCCUCUGCCACACUGUCCAGGUGAAGGACGAGGACCACGUGGACGGCCCCAGGAAGUCUCCAGACUCAGGCAAAUCCUGCGUAUACAUCUCGUCCUCGCCCGAUGAGGUGGCGCUGGUGGAGGGCGUGCAGAGGCUGGGAUUCACCUACCUGCGGCUGAAGGACAGCUACAUGGAGAUCCUGAACAGGGAUGGAGACAUCGAGAGGUUCGAGUUGCUGGAAGUUCUGAGUUUCGACUCUGUGAGGAGGAGGAUGAGUGUCAUUGUCAGAUCCACCACAGGGGAAAUCUACCUGUUCUGCAAAGGAGCAGAUUCCUCCAUCUUCCCCCGAGUGAUUGAAGGCAAAGUGGACCAGAUCCGGUCCCGCGUGGAGCGCAACGCUGUGGAGGGGCUCCGCACUCUGUGUGUGGCUUACAAGAGGCUCGUCCCUGAGGAGUACGAGGGUGUCUGCGGGCUGCUGCAGGCUGCCAAGGUGGCCCUGCAGGACCGGGAGAAGAAGCUGGCCGAGGCCUACGAGCAGAUCGAGAAGGACCUGAUUCUGCUUGGUGCAACGGCCGUGGAGGACCGCCUCCAGGAGAAAGCUGCAGACACCAUUGAGGCGCUGCAGAAAGCCGGAAUCAAAGUCUGGGUCCUCACGGGGGACAAGAUGGAGACUGCGGCUGCCACCUGCUACGCCUGCAGGCUCUUCCGUAGGGGCACGCAGCUGCUGGAGCUGACCACCAAGAGGAUUGAGGAGCAGAGCCUGCACGACGUGCUCUUCGAGCUCAGCAAAACUGUGCUGCGCUGCAGCGGGAGCUUGACCAGGGACCACUUCUCGGGGCUUUCCACAGACAUGCAUGACUAUGGGCUCAUCAUCGACGGGGCAGCACUGUCCUUGAUCAUGAAGCCCCGAGAAGAUGGGAGCUCCGCCAACUACCGCGAGCUCUUCCUGGACAUCUGCCGGAACUGCAGUGCCGUGCUGUGCUGCCGAAUGGCUCCCCUGCAGAAGGCCCAGAUUGUUAAGUUAAUCAAGUUUUCCAAAGAACACCCGAUCACACUGGCCAUCGGCGAUGGCGCAAACGAUGUCAGCAUGAUCCUGGAGGCCCAUGUGGGCAUAGGUGUCAUUGGGAAGGAGGGCCGGCAGGCUGCCAGGAACAGUGACUAUGCAAUCCCAAAAUUCAAGCACUUGAAGAAGAUGCUUCUUGUCCACGGGCAUUUUUACUAUAUUAGGAUAUCUGAGCUUGUGCAAUACUUCUUUUAUAAGAAUGUCUGCUUCAUUUUCCCCCAGUUUUUAUACCAGUUCUUCUGUGGGUUUUCGCAACAGACUUUGUACGAUACCGCGUACCUGACCCUCUACAACAUCAGCUUCACCUCCCUCCCCAUCCUGCUCUACAGCCUGAUGGAGCAGCACGUGGGCGUGGAUAUGCUCAAGCGGGACCCUUCCCUGUACAGGGACAUCGCCAAGAACGCACUGCUCCGUUGGCGGGUGUUCAUCUACUGGACGUUCCUGGGGCUGUUUGACGCCCUGGUCUUCUUCUUUGGUGCUUAUUUCAUGUUUGAAAACACAACUGUGACCAGCAAUGGACAGAUGUUUGGGAACUGGACCUUUGGGACGCUGGUGUUCACUGUGAUGGUGUUCACGGUCACACUGAAGCUCGCGCUGGACACGCACUAUUGGACGUGGAUAAACCACUUUGUCAUCUGGGGGUCGCUGCUCUUCUAUGUCAUCUUCUCCCUGCUCUGGGGAGGAAUCAUCUGGCCCUUCCUCAGCUACCAGAGGAUGUACUACGUGUUCCUGCACAUGCUGUCCUGCGGGCCUGCCUGGCUCGGCAUCAUCCUGCUCAUCACCGUCAGCCUCCUCCCCGACGUCCUCAAGAAAGUCCUGUGCCGGCAGCUGUGGCCAACGGCGACGGAGAGAACCCAGCAGAACAUGCAGCGUCCAGAUGGCAGUCCAGAGCUCGCCCCGCCUGCCUCUCUGCAGAGCCCAGGUGCUCUUUGCCCUAGGCCUGCAGCCGCCCUGCACAGUGCCACGUCCAGGAAGGUGCCGCGUGUGCUCUGGAGGAGUGAAGAGUACACCGUGCUUUUGCCAGCCAGGGCCUCGCCUGUCACUGUCGCAGUCCCCGAGUCCUGGCGGGACACACCCACAUGAUGGACAGGCAGACAGAUGGACAGAGGUUACCCGGGGCAGCCUGGGGCGUGUGUGCGGGUGCCUGCCCCGUCUGCGAGGAUGGGGCACCCUGCGAUUGUCUCCGCCAGCCCUACUGGGCUCUGGUACAGGACCUUCUUUCUGCCGGGCCCGUCCAAGUGCCCACCUGCCUGUCCUCCAUGUCUGUUGUGACUGCACAGAAAAACCCGUCCCUGGCCACAGGGCCAGUGGCUGCCCAGUGGCCGUGCCACCCAUGGACCACCUCGAGGACUGCCAUGCCCUGCUCAUGGCGCCCCCUCUGCACCUCCCUCCUGCAAAACUGCCACAGUGCGAUCUGGGAAGCGAGCACCUCAGACCCUCGACUGCAUCCACCCCCGGCCUGCAGCCUCGCUCUGCCCACGUGCGCUGUCCCCUUUGGGGAGCCUCUGGUCUGCUGAGGAGAGGCUGCCCUUAUAUGCUGGAGCUUUGGAGGGUUCGGGUCCCUUCUUAUGUCACGGGCUGCCCUGUAGAGGGGACUGUGUCCACUGUGGGCGGGGCUCACUGUUGGCCAGGCCUCUGCAGUAUUCGGAGCGGAUGUCAGCUCAUCUGCCUGGGAAGUGUUCGUUCGUCGGGUGCUAGGGCAGUGUGAGGCACUGGAGCAGGUCUUUGUCUGUAGUCAGCUCCGUCCCCUCUAAGAGGUGGUCCGUCCCCUGGGGCCCAUCUCAGGCUGACGUGGGCCCCAGUGCCACGUCAGUUUGCAACUCAGCCACCUCCGUGUGAACCCCCUGCAGGCUGCAUCUUUCUGGGCCUCUCCGGCUUAGGGUUUGUCCAGGUCUUCUCUGAGGUAGACAGGCCAUCAGAGGCUGCUGUACUGUGACGUCCUCCCGACUUUCACCCCUGGUCUCUAUUCCCAGAGGGAUCUACAUGCCGUAGCCUUAAUGGUCCCAGUGUAGGGAAGACAUUUCAGCUCGAGGUUCCAGCCUCAGCCAGGAGCACAAGGUUCUGCAGAAAAGCCUCCACCAGCAGCCAGAGAAGCCAGCGCUGAGCUGCUGUCACGGGCUAGGGUGGGUGGCCAGGCCAGGGGUGUGGUGCACUCCCCAGGGUGGUGUUGGAGAGCGGAUCGCUGAGAGACGCAACUUUUGCAUCUGGCUUUGUCAAGCCGUGUUGUCACCCCAACCUGGGGCUCGAUCAGGGGCCCAGGUGGCAGCACAGCAGUUGGGGCGAGUGGGGAGAGUGAGCACAGGACGGACGGGGUUACGUUUGGCUGGGAAGAGACGGGCGGAGGGCGCCUCUCCUUCCAGGCCUCCUCUGUUCCCACUCGUCCCUCCGAGCCACCCGCCUGGCCACUGGCCCACAGUGCCAUCCCUGUCCACGUGGGCGCCUGCCCCGCCCGGUCCACGCUGACCUGCAGACAACGAUGUGCAUUUCUAAAGCCCUUUUUAAGGACCCAAAGUGGGUACAAAUGUAAAACCUGUGGGGGGACAGAUUCUCUGUAUGUUUAGUUAACAAAUUAUUUGUAAUGUAUUUUUUUAGAAAUCUUACAAUUGCCUUUGCACUGAAGUAUUUUCAUAGCUGUUUCUAUCUCUUUUAUCCAUUUAUUUGCUAACAUAUCAUCUAAUUUUUAAAGUAUGUUUUUAAAGCUUUCAUUUUUUAAGUUUAUGAAAUUUCGGCCACUUUGCAUUUAAAUUCCGGGCAGAAGUUGGCUGACGGCUGACGAAUGUGGAUCUUCAGGUGUCAUUUUCUUCUCCACGCCUCCUCAUCCCUGGGCGUCCGUGGCAGUGAUGCGUCGGAGCGGACAGUAAAAGCACAAUGGUUUGCUCCGCUCCUCGGCAGUGUUACCUGCUCUUCAUUCUUGCUUUCAUUUCCAUCCUCAGCCUUAAUACUCCCUAGAGCAAGGGUCCCACGCAACCGCCCCGCCUGCGUGGGGCACCCCCUCCACCCCAGCUCUGGUCUUCACACGAAGGCACCAGAGCUCUCACAUGCACCGUGUCGUUGCCCAGGAUUUAUUAAACGUGUGUGCCUAGUCGUUGAAACAGGCGAAGGGCACAAGAUAGAAAUCAGGAAAAGAAGAACCCCGGAGUGAGGACCUUUCAGACAAGGGUAAAUGCGCUCCUCUGCCUCAGGGUGGCUCCUGUGUGCUUGCCUUAAACUAACUUCACAGCAAGUGAUGUGGACCUGAAGCAUUUUCCUAGGUUUGAAAAGCUCAUUUGCUGCUGCACAUGUUCAUCGCUGGUCAGCUCGCGGCUCCCGACGCUGCUCAGGUCACGCGGCUCCUGGCUCGCACCGUCUGCUCGCUCCUACCAGUGUCCUGGCCGUGUGUGUCUGCUCCUUGUUCACGCACAGCCCCUGUGUGCAAGCUUGCAUGCACCUGUGCGCACACACCCACAAACACACGUGCUCCCCCACAUCCCACACACCCGCCUCCUUCCUCAAGCCCCUGUGUGAAGCUCUGGCCAAGCUGGGCCCAUCAGGCCCCUGGACGACACAGGCGCGCGCACAUAUGCACCCGCAUCCUGCGAAGGAGGUGUGGCCACACUGGCACGAGGGCCCUGAACAAAACCACGGAACCGUGACCGAGCACCCCUGCCCAGGGAAUCCAGUGCCCCAGGCAGAAGCGCCUUCUCCCCAGGUCUGCACCAAGCCAUGCGACAGCCAGGAAGUGACAGCCAGGAAACGGGCAGACUCACGCUACCCAGCCCUGAGCGCAGCCAACCGAGGCCACCCCAGCGGCCUGGACCAGGCAGGGCAGCACAGGUGACAAGAGGAAGACAGGCCGUGUGUUGACAGAUUCCUUCCAUCAGCCCCGGGUCCUGCGCAGUCACCAGCCUGGGCCUUGGAAUGCCAAGCUCAUGCGACCACAGUGACUGGCAUCGAACUCACACAACCACUUUUAUUUCACCGUAAUAUUAUUUAUUGACAGCACAGUAUAACAGUGGGUCCUUGCAUUCUACAUUUCCUUUGGAAGUUACUGUAAUUUUAAAAACCAGAAAAAAUACCAGUUGGCGAAUGCAAUCUUUUUAUUUAUUUAUUUUUUUAGCUAGAGGGUAAGUGAACAGGAAUGAGAAUCAUUGAUAGUGUGUCUGUAAACAAAGCUUUAAUGAAGAUGUGUUGGAAGUAUUAUGAAAGUAUGAUUCUACUUUUGCAGAAAAAAUCUAAAGAUAAUUUAUAUAGCUUUAUUUUUUACCUUAUCAAGAUACACAGAAUUUUAAUAUGCAUAUAUCAUCCCUGACUUAAAAUUAUGUGUGUCUGCAUUACCACUUAAAAUGUCCAUUCAUUAUGUAAUGUAAUCAGAGAGCCUUCGAAAAUGUAUUUUACAUGAUUGGUAUCUAGUUGUCACCAUCAUAAACACUGAAGUUUAUUUUUAAAUUAUUAAACAGAGUAGGUGCAUUUAGCAUAAAUCAUUCUCCAACAGUGAUGAUUCAUUAACCGGCUUUAAGACAUUAAAUUGUGAAUUAAACCAAAUCAAACAUUUCUGAAAAAUUUAUUUUGUAUGCUACAUUUUUAACUUUUAUUUGUGUAGAUAAGGACAACUUGGUAACCAUAGUGAUACCAGACUUUUCUGUGGGUUAAGCAGGACACUUGCAUCUGCUUACAAUAAAGACACAAAACCUGA